AUGGGUACAGUUGGACCAACUUGUUUUAAGUUGCUUGUUGCAUCUCUGACAGAGGGUGUAUUAGCCCAAGUUGUUGGACUGUCUAUUGCAGCUGAAAAAGCAAAAACUAUUGCAGACAAUCUAUUUGCUGUUUCUAAAUCGGUAGCUAAGGAAGACCUUGUUCUUUACGUUUUAUCUGGACUAGGAAGCAAAUAUGAAUCUCUUAUCACUGCUAUUACUAAUAGAACUGAUGCUGAUCAAUUAGGCAUCAAUGAUGUUCUUGGUCUAUUGCUUAGCCAUGAAUCUUGGCUUAUUCAGCACAAUGUUUCCAGUAAAGCUCCCAAUGUCAAUAUAGUUGCAAAUAACAAUAAUAAUGGCAAGAAUAACAAUAAUAAUUCUCAGUUUCAGAAUAACAAAGGGAACUAUGGUCGCGACAGUGGCAGCGGCGUGACAAUCAGUUUGGACAAGGACAAGGUUGAGGUAGAGGUAAUACAAUUAUCUAUCAAGUAUGUAACAAACCCGGUGAUGGUGCACUCAAGUGUUACAAACGGUAUGACCUCUUGUACCAAGGAGAAUAUAACAAUAAUUCUCCAGAUCCCGCGACUGCGUUUCAUAGUGGUUUUCGACCCUGCUUGGUACCCUGAUAGUGGAGCAACUCAUCACAUGACUCCAGAUGCUGAUACCUUACAGAACAGGUCAGAAUUUUUGGGUACGGACCAAGUGAAAGUUGGUAAUGGUGAAGGCUUAACAAUUAAGAGUAUUGGUUCUUCUUCAUUAAAUCAUAAUCAUUAUCAGUUUAAUCUGAAAAAUAUUUAUCAUGUUCCUAUCCUGACAAAGAAUUUGAUCUUUGUUAGCAAAUUUACAAGAGAUAAUAAUUUAGUAUUUGAAUUUCGCCCGGAUUUCUUUUUAUUGAAGGAUCGUAUGGGGAGAAUUUUACUAAGAGGAUUCAAUAGAGAUGGGCUUUAUCAGUUCUUGGGAGCCAAUGAUGACAAAGAAAAUUCAGCCAAAGCACUUGUUGGAGAAAGAGCCUCUUUCAGGAUUGGCAUCAUCGUUUAA